GGUUAAUACAAAUUACAGAUAUCAUUUGAAAAUUGCUUAAUUUAAAAGGUCAUUUGGAUGUCCCGCGUUUCUCAUGUGGCAGUAUUCCGUAACAGUGGUGCCAUAAGCAAUCUGCAAUUUCAUCGCAGUUUGUAAACGCGGCGAAAGAAAGUCGUACGACAUUCGGGCGGAGUCGGGUGCACUUUCGAGGACGAAGGCUGACGUCACGGCGCAAAAUGGCUGCCGAUAUCGGAAAUGGAGUAGCGUAGAGGCUGGGCGGUAGGAACGAACUGUAGGUGUGUCAGUACUCGGCUUCUCCGUGAUAAUGCCAUCGAAAUGCCGAUUGUUGCACGUUGACUCGUGCCUCGCGCACAACUCUUACGUACGAUCGGGAUCGUUCCGCGAGUCUCGGAUGGUGAUAAUAAAUGGUGAAAUAGUCGGCGAGUCAAAUUAAGCGGUGCAACCCGAACUCCACGAUAUAUGUACAUAUAUCUCUUUAUCCCGUAAAACGAAAUUUCUUCUGUUCUUAAUCCAUCAGUGAUCUAUAUACAUAAAUAUAUACAUUUAAAUAUCUGAAUAGGCUGAAACUGUGUCUGAAUGAGAUCGAAGUGGAAAGUAAACCUUGUUCUGUCCAGUGAUCGUUCUCGUGUUCUUUACGGAUAUUUUGCGGGUGUCAGACUGAUUUGCCCGGCUCCAGGAGAGAGUCGAGCGUGCAUCGUGGGUGUCAGCUCCUUGUCGACUCUGUUCAAUCGAAAAUUAGUUCACGUAUCUUGGAAAUGAGUGAAAUGGAAAAGAAAGACGCGUGCACGUAGAACAUAUAAAGGAUAAGUAUGCUCAACGUACAGUUCCACAGUGGGAUCUAAUUUACGAUCUGUCAAAAUUGAAUCAACUGAACCAACACGUCGUACACGUAUUUAUAUCGUAUUUAUGGUGAAACUAAAUCGAGUGUCUGCACCGAAUCAUCCUUCCUAUAACGAUACGAGCCGAUCGAUUUUUCUCAAGGGAAAAAUAUUCUACUCGCCUACGACUUUUAUCUCGACUGUGUGUGUAUAUUUUCGCACAUUGAUUGAUCCCCUUCCGUAAACAAUAUCCAGUUGCUAACAUGUAUCAUCCGACGGUGGAAACGGGAUACGAGUUUGAAUGACAGUGAACAGGCUCGUGGCUAGAGUGAUGUUGAACUUGGGACUGAAUAAAUUAUUCGAGCGAUGAUUUCGCCGGUAGCUUCUAGUUAAAGAAACAAACAAAUAAAAAAAAAAAAAUAGUAGAGAAAUACGGAUUUCUAUCGAGUGAAACAGAAGAGUAGGAAGAAAGAAAAACAUCAGAUAGGAGUUUGACCUGAUAAGACGAGGAAAAUCAAAGAGGAAGAAAGAGAAAGCGCGGUCAAGCGAAGAAAAUCGCGUCGCGAAAAUGACUAACUGAAAAGCUUGAAACGAACUAAAAGAUAUCGGAAGCGGAAGGCGGCUUUCGUUGCCAUUGGCGCGCACGCGAGUGUCCAUAUUAUAUCCGGCGCGCGUGUUUCGUCUGUUUCUCAUUUGCGUGUAUAUUUGAAGUGGAGUUUCAGUGCCGGAGGGUGAGAGAGAGUAGUAGGAUACGCAAAAUGUGGAAUAUGAUGUGCGACGUGAUGCCAACUAUCGCGGAGGACAGCAUUAGCCAGAGAAGUUCGCAAUAUUCCGGUGAGGAUGCGAACUUCGAGCAAUUAAUGGUCUCGAUGCUCGACGAGAGGGACAAGCUGGUGGAGUCACUGCGCGAGAACCAGGAACGGUUGCAAGAAACGGAAGCGCGUUUGCAGGAGGUCGAGAAGGAACGGGAUUCAUUGAAUCGUCAACUGAACGCCAAUAUCCCUCAGGAUUUUUCUCAGUUGACGAAGGAGCUCGCAGCGGCGCGUGAAAGUAUCCUAGAAAGAGAAGAAGAGAUAUCGGAGUUAAAAGCAGAAAGGAAUAAUACUCGUCUUCUGCUCGAGCAUUUGGAAUGCCUGGUUUCCCGACAUGAACGAUCGCUUAGGAUGACUGUAGUGAAGAGGCAAGCCGCCGCGCAAUCUGGAGUAUCGUCCGAAGUUGAAGUGCUCAAAGCUCUAAAAAGUCUGUUCGAGCACCACAAGGCUUUAGACGAGAAAGUGCGUGAACGAUUACGAGUUGCAUUAGAAAGGAAUACAAGCUUGGAAGAAGAGCUAGCUAUUACCAAAGAAGAGCUCCAGCAAUAUAAAUUAAGUGGACAUGCGCCUAAAAAUAUAGAAGAUAGGCCCAAGGAGAACGGACAGGCGGAAGAUGGGCAGCAACAGAACAAGAAUGAGACUGAGCAGGCAGCAGGACAGCAGGAACAGCAACAACAACCGCAACAACAACAACUGCAGCAGUCAGUACAAAAACUAGGUACGGAGAAGUCAACAGAGAUCGAAAGUAGACUGAGCAAUGGCAGUCUCGAUCCUGUGGACCAGGAUUCUGCGGCGCGCGUAAUAGAUUUGCAAGCUACUCUCGACAAGCAGAGCUCAGAGUUGAGCACAUGGCAGCGGCGGGUAGCCGAAUUAAGUGGCCGAGUAGCAGAGUUGGAAGAAACUUUGUCCAAGACUCAGAAAGACCUUCUGAAAACCCAAGAAACGAAUGUCAAACUGCAGAGAGAUCUACGUGAAAAUGUUGCCCAAAAAGAGGACCAAGAAGAGAGGAUAGCGACUCUUGAAAAACGUUAUCUUAAUGCUCAACGAGAGUCCACUAGUUUACAUGAUCUCAAUGAAAAGCUGGAGCAAGAGCUGCAGCACAAGAAAGCUCAAUUAAAGCUCCAAGAAGAAAAAAUAGCGGCGAUACAGGAGAAACUAGAACUCGCAGAACAAAAAUUAGCCCAAUAUGCUAAGUUACCAGAAAUGGAAGAGCAAUUAAAGCAGAGGAUGGAGGCUCUGACGCAGGUGAGGAGGCCCAACCAGCAGGCUCAAGAAAGACACGGCAGCGCAGAGGAUAGAAUACAGAGGUUGGAAACGCAACUUGAAGAAAAGAAUGCAGAAGUGAUGCGUGUCAAUCAACGACUCAAGAUGAAUGAGGAGCAUAAUACGCGGCUUAGUACAACUGUUGAUAAACUUUUGUCGGAAUCUAACGAAAGAUUGCAAGUACAUUUAAAAGAAAGGAUGCACGCAUUAGAAGAGAAAAAUGCACUCACGCAAGAACUGGAAAAGACUAGAAAGAUUGCGGAAGAUCUUCAAAAUGAGAAGGCCGAAAUAGUUAAGGAAUUAGGGAAAGCUCGCCUUGAAAUCGAUAAUGUAAAAAGGCAAAUGCUUCAGCAAGAAAUUGCAUUCAAUAUUCAACAAACAGAUGCUCUAACUCGAAGUUUGUCCCCCAAUGCAGUGGAUCCAGGUUCCUUUUCUAGGAGUGCAAGUCAUAGUAGUUUUGAUACUCAUUCUUUACCAAGAAGAACGGGUAAACGACCUGCAAUCGAAGAUGACCCAGCAAAGAAUUAUGUAGCGCGCACUUUAGCAGAGCAAGAAUGGGAAAAAUUACAGCAAGCUCAUGUCCUUGCAAAUGUACAACAAGCAUUUGAUGUUUCUAGUGAUGCAGAAGGUGACGGAGAUAACGAAAGUUUAUUCAGUUGUGCAGCUGAUGUAAUUAGUCCUACAGGACAUACGGAUGCUCAAACACUAGCAUUAAUGUUACAAGAACAAUUAGAUGCAAUUAACAAUGAAAUUAGAUUAAUCCAGGAAGAAAAGCAAAGUACCGAAGCGCGUGCCGAGGAGUUGGAGUCCCGGGUUGGUAGUCUUGAACAUAUGAAUUUGUUAGCCAGAGGACGAAGUCUCGAACGGGCAUCUCCGCCAUUAAGUGGACGAUCCACUCCAAAAUCGCAUCAUAGUCCAAAUAGAGAUUAUUUACAUAAAUAUCAUACGGCACCAGCAUCAAUGUCCCCAGCGCAUCUCCAUCAAUAUGCUGCCUCUUUAGCUAGUCCGGGUCAACUUUCGGAAUCCCUUCCUGCAAGCCAGUUGCAGUUAUCAGGCGAAGAAUUGCAUUCAGUGAGUGAAAGAGACAGCACUGGUGGUGCAGGAAGUGGUGGUAGCGAUGCAGCUUCACCGUUGACUGCUCGAUCGAUCAGACUAGAACGGGUAGCACAGGCACUUGCUCACAGUCAAGAGGAACUCAGAAGACGCACUGGACAAGCCGGAUUUCCCAGCAGUGGUUUUCCUGCUCACAGCAGGCAUGGGCAACAUAACAACGGCGCACUCAAUUCUGGGACUCCCCCUUCCCCAUUGUCCUCACGUCAUAGCAGCCAGGACAGUUUGCAUAAGAACAACUUGUCUGGUGUUGGAUUGCCAAUUGGACAAUUGUCUAGUUCGCAUUUGCACAUGCAAUCUACCAUGAGUCCAGCAACCGCAGCAGCAGUAGCUGCAGCUCAAAAGAAGAAAGGCAUUAAGAGCAGUCUUGGUAGAUUUUUCAGCAAGAAAGAAAAGAUCAAGGGGAAAGAUACGCCAAUGCCUGGAGAUAUACCAGGUAUGGGAGGAGCAAAUACACCUGCAGAUCCUGAUUAUGGAGAUAAUGUUUCUGUUGCUGGUACUAUGGGUAGUAAAAGCGAUUUUGAUCGUAGAAAAAAGAAAAGUCCAAGUAUGUUUGGAAGUAUGUUAGAUUCUUCACGACACGAACUUCUGGCGGAGGCAAUGAAAGCUGGAACACCUUUUGCUCUAUGGAAUGGACCAACUGUAGUGGCUUGGCUUGAGCUGUGGGUGGGAAUGCCAACGUGGUAUGUUGCAGCUUGCCGGGCAAAUGUCAAAAGUGGUGCCAUAAUGAGUGCUCUUAGUGAUACUGAAAUUCAACGUGAAAUUGGUAUAAGUAAUCCUCUACAUCGAUUGAAACUACGGUUAGCUAUUCAAGAAAUGGUGUCACUUACAAGUCCAUCAGCACCAACAACUUCUCGCACAACCUUAGCAUUUGGAGAUAUGAACCACGAAUGGAUUGGUAAUGUCUGGCUUCCAAGUCUUGGUUUGCCACAGUAUCGAUCCACUUUCAUGGAGUGCCUUGUUGAUGCCAGAAUGUUGGAUCACCUUAACAAAAAGGACCUUCGUGGUCAACUUAGAAUGGUUGAUAGUUUUCACAGAACAAGCUUGCAAUAUGGCAUUUUGUGUUUAAAACGAUUAAAUUAUGAUAGGCAACAAUUAGAAGAAAGGAGACGAAUGGCGGAAGGUGCAAACGUCGAUGUUCUUGUAUGGAGUAAUGAUCGUGUUAUAAGAUGGGUGCAAUCUAUCGGCCUGAAAGAAUACGGUAACCACCUCUUAGAAUCUGGGGUACAUGGAGCUCUUAUAGCCCUCGAUGAAAGUUUCGACGCCAAUAGUUUCGCUCUAGCUUUGCAAAUUCCAACGCAAAACACACAAGCUCGGCAGUUGUUAGAGAUGGAGUUCGCAAAUUUAUUAACAGUAGGAACAGAAAGGCGACUCGAUGAAGCGAAUAAUAUGAAAUCCUGAUCCAACUCGUCUAGCAGGCUGCCUCAUCUUCAACCACAUCACGUCUAGUCCAAAACCCCAGCUAUUACUACUCUCUGUAUGCAAGUGUGUUGUAAAAGUGUAAGAGCUUUAAGUAUCAUUCUAAGGGUAUCUUCAUACUGUUAAGAGCUGUAACACACGGUGAUAUGAAAACACGAUCGGACAUAAUCUGUUAAAAGAAAAUGGUGAUUUAUUGUAUGUUCAAGAAGAAAAUUUAAAACGUUUUAUCAAUUUUUAUGUCGCGUAUGUUUCAUAAACCGCUUGUUACGGAUUUCGGAUAAAAAAUAAUAAUUCUGAAUCAAUUACUCUCAUAUAGAUACUGAAAUGUAGUGAGCGGUCAGGGAAUCGUGAAAUAUAUUUUUCCUCGAAAGCCCAAAGAAUCAGUUAUAGGUAAUUACGACAAUAAUUCUGUCUAAUUUCACCUCGAUUUCUUAAGAAUAGCAAGACUUGUAGCUUUUGGAAUAAUCAAUAUCAUGGUAGUUCGUAAACAUUUUCAGGACGUAAUUGCAUAUUUCUUAUAGUAUAUUAUGUACUUAUACUAUGUAACAAAUAGUUAUAAAACAACUGUCUAUUUUGAUAAUACCACAUACCGCACAAAAUAAAAAUCCCCAAAAUUGUAUUAGUGCCAUUGCUCUCGAGGAAACUAUUUAUAUACAAGGAAAAGACUGCAUUCUAUAUUUCUGCAUCUAUAAGACGGUGACCUAAUAAGCCAUAUAUAUAUAAAACAAUAUAUACAUAUAUACAUAUACAUAUACAUAUAUAUAUAUAUAUAUAUAUGUAUAUGUAUAUACCCACACACACACACACACAUAUUACUUCAUACAGAAGGAGCGCUGGAAUACUUGUCCUCCUCUGUUAUUUCGAUGAAUUUUAAAUGUUUGUAGAUCACAUAUAAACACGUAAUAUAUUAAAGAAUUACACCGAAGCAACUAUCGUAAUUAGAAAAUUAUCAAACAACUGGUUGCAUGGACGUGUUUAAAAGAACUGCUUUUUAUUUAUUGUGAACUAAGGAACGGACAUUUUAUACCAAAAUAAUCGCGCAAUGUAUAAGUACAUGUACGCAAAGUUAGUAGGUGUUAUAAAAUUAAGGAACUUUGUAAUUCUAAUUGAUAAUUGAACUCUAUCGAUCAGUCACGUAUAUCGUUAUACUAUCUUUAUUUUGUUUAAUCAUAAGGAAAUCAUGUCUCAUUCGGCUCUCUAGCAUUUUUUAUUCAUUCAAAGAAAAGAAUUUCAUGUGGAUAGUUCAUUUGCAUGUUUUCUUAACAUCUUGUUUCAAAGUUCCAGGAAUGAUUAUUAGUAGACUCGAUCGAUAGUGAGAAAGAAUUCACGAAGAUGAAGAGCGUUAUAAAUAUAAUAAAAAGUCACGAAGUAAAAGAAAGAAAAAAUGAAAUAAAAAAGAAAUGGCCAUAACAAGAACAGCAAAAAAAUACACUAACAAUGGCCAUAAAUAUUAUUUAACAGUAAUGACGAUGUUGCUGAAGACAAUGAUUACGAUGAUAAUUAUAAUUACUCAUUACAAAAUGUUAUCAGGCUGAAGGUGUGGCGAAAGACUGAGAUUACGACAGUGACUGUAAUGAUAAAACUGGUCAUGAUAGAGACGAUCACAAUAAUGAUGAUAAGUUAUAAUGGGAUGUUGUUAAUGUUGUUGAUACUUGAGGAAUCGUUGUUGAUGUUUGUUUCCCUGUGAACUACCCCCUGCAAGUUAUCAAUUCGUUGUAACUCCAUUGCUCUGCACGACCUUCCGAAUGGGCGCAUACGUACCAAAUAGUUUCUACCAAAGAAAUUACAAUGCAGUACGAUGAUUGCACAGUCGUACACGUGUGUACAAGAAUGUAACGUUGACACUUGACAUAUAUGUACGCAGUAGGAAGAUCAAAAUAUGUCUUAUCUGUAAAGAUCAUAAUGUACAGUCUCAUUCUUCGGCGUGUAGAAAUCUUUUUCUUUUCUAAGUACCACCGAUCAGUUGAAAUAUUUCUAGAUAAUCAGAAAGACUCGCUAAGCCAAAGCAACGUUACGCUACCUCAAUACUGAGACAAGGUGGUACGCUCUUGUUUCUUUAUAUAAAUGUUUUAAUAACUGGUCCUAUGAUUUUUAAUCGUCGGUUAAUUCCCUUCGGGGGAUGUUAAGUCCGAAUUUCUUGUUGAUAUUGUGUUGAAAGAUAAGUCGUCGUAGUAAAAACGUUUGCACAUGCAAAUUAUAUUAUUUAGUUAUUAAAGAAAGCUGAUUAUCAAGAUAUAGAAAAAAAAAAACAACGAUUAAUAAUUCGGAACUGCACGCGCGUUUAGUUAUUUUAGUUACACCGAACAAUCUUCAAAAUACUAGUAGAAAAGUUUAUUUGAGGUAAAACAUUUCUACAAUAGUAUUACAAUGUAUAUCCUUUUUUAAUCCUAAUGUAAUGCUACACGAUUGUACAGAACUAAUUUGUACAAAUGAAUAGAUAUACAAAACUGAGUCACUUUGUGAAACAGAAUGGCCGUCUCUCCCUUUCGGAAGUGUCUGCAGUAUGUGUAAAUGACUGAACUUAUUUUUAAUGUACGCUAGUUAAUAGUGUCAAUGGACAUUCCAAGGAAAAGAAAUAAAAGCAAACCUUCCAAAAAGCAGCCACAUUCAUAAUCGCAUAUAUGUAAAUCAUGACUCGAUAUGUAGCAGCUUUGCCGCCUUCUAUGUAUUUAACUAUAAAUAUAUACAUAGAUACGAAAAAAUUUCGCCUGAAUCCAGCCUCCGACUGCUCGGUAUCGAAUAGAGCUUGAAUAAGCAAAACUAAUAGCAUCUACUAUAUACGUAAUGUUUUUACCAAAAAAUAAUGAACAAGUGCUUAAACUUAGAAUUUGUUUUGCUUUCGAUUUUCUUCAAUUCUGUACAAAUUUAUGCCCAUAAAAGGAUAUGUAUUAUACCCUUUUAGAGUGUACAUGCUGAUGAAGAAGCAAAACAAUGAAUAUUAAAUAUUGUCUUCAGCAAUGCUGAGCAAACUGUUUUGUUUAAAUGUAACAGCUUUAUGUGUUGUAUAGCAAAUUAUCAAUACCUAAAGAAAGACACUUAUAAUAUUUAAGUUUCUUUAUUAUCAGUUUACACAUAUCAUAAGAUUGUAAAAAGUAUAGAGGAAAUGAAAUUACAUUAAAUGAAAUAUUGUUCUUCUAUAUAAUUCAUUUUCGGUUCUUAGAAGAAAUAUACAUGCUAAUACAUGGUAAAAACAUGCACGUAAAACAUAUGUAAUAUUGUAAUGUAACAGUCUGUAUUAUGUGUUAUUUCACAAUGUAUCUUUUCUUUCGUACAAUCUUUUUGUAUGCUCAAUUCGACCGAACUGCCGGAAGAACAAGUUUAACGUUAUUCUGGAUUUUUGUAUGACAUAUGUUUGUGUGUGUUAAUGCUAGUUAUUGUACAUAUGUAUGCGCGUGCGUACGUGUGUGAGUGUGUAUGUGUAUAUAUCUUUCUCUGUGUAUAUACGAAUUAUUUAUUAACAUCCCUGUAAUUUUUUUAACAUUUCAUUGCAAAGCCCAAUGCAGGUAAAUAUACUACAAUCCUAAUAAUAACAAAUGUUAAAUCGCUAUUAAAUAUCCAAUUACUUUACUUCUGAAUGAAUAUUAUAGCAAAUUUUGUUGGAAUAUAUCUAUAUGAUGGAAUUUUUAGAUUAGAUUGCUGCAGUAAUCCGGAAAGAAUAAUAUUGGGUUGGCAAUUAAGUAAUUGCGGAUUUUGUCAAUACCACCUAAUGACAAAGUUCGCAAUCAUUUAGUUGCCAACCCAGUGGUAAAUAUGCAACAAAUAUUUCAAAUAAAUUUAUUCAGAAGCAAAGGAAAUCGAUCAAAGUAAAAAAUUGUGUGUGCAACAAGUGCAUGGAUUGGGCCCAUUUUAAAUGAAAAGAAAAUAUUUGGUUUAUGUAAAAUUUUUGUCAGAAGCAUCAACUACAAGAUAAAUCAAAAUCCAAGAGAUUUGUAGAUCGUUUAAAAAUGUUUGUCUCGUAUGCGAUGAUUCUGUACAAGUGCAUAAAUCAUCAGUAUGUAAUUAUACUGAUUUUUAUUUAUAUCUGACUAUUUUACCUGGACUCUCAGGUAAUUGUGCCAGCAUAAAAAUUUUCAAUUGUGCUAGUAAGCGGGUAAUCGUCAGAAAUAUUUCUAAAUGUGAAGUAGUAUAAAACUAUACAUACAUAUAUUUGUGUGUGUUUUAUAUAUAUGUAUGUAUAGUAUGGUACAUAGUGCACAAAGAAAUAAAUUUUUUAAUUAUUAUCAGAAUAUGGUUGUUAAAAUGAUUAGUUAAACUUUAUAUUGUUCUUAUAAAUCAGUUUUUUAUGAAAUUUGUACUUAUUCGUUUAUCGUGGAAUUUUUAUUUACUUAAAUUAUAUAUUCCAGAUUCAGAAUAAUUUUAUACUUGAAAAAUAUAAAGGAAUAUUGCUUCUAGCAUUUGCAAAUCAUUUUACAUGAUUAUUUAUUUCUUUAAGAUAUUUUUAAUUUUUUUUUAAGAAUAAAUAGAAAACAAAUAUUAGACAUUAUGUUAUUCCAUUAUUGCAAAUGAUUAAACUUAAAAUGUUUGUUAGAAAUUUAAAUAUCAUUUCAAAUAUAAAUAUACAUCUAUAUACAUAACACACAUGUAUAUACGUGUGUAUAUAUACAUAUAUAUAUAAAACUGUGGCAAAUAUGAAAAUGAAGUGUGCGUGUGAGAAAAGUGAUGGACUAUUCAAAUAAUAUCAUAUAUCUGAAUGAGUGCACUGUGCGAUUAAUGCAUAAAUCAUUUGCCUUUUUUUUCUUUUUAAAAGUUUUAAAUGUCAUAUACUACUUCACGUUUCUUAUAUCGAAUGUAAAAUAGUGUGUUUCCUGUUAACAUAAAGCAACUUUUUAGCUGUGAUGUUAACAAUAGAGAAUUCAUAUAGAGAUGCAAAACAGGAGGGGAAUUAGUAUAAUAGAAAUGAAUUUCGUGUUAUAUUUAUUAUAAUGACAAUUCAGUAUUAUGAUAUGUACCAAUGUUUGCAGACUAAGAAUUCUACUACCAGUUAAUGUCAUUGCUAACAGAAUGUGACAAGAAACUAUAAAACAGCACACAUUUAAAAAGAAUCACAACGAGGCACAAAUUUUGACAGGGACAGUGGAUAACUUUCUGUGCCCACAGUACACUUGGAGUCUUAAGCAACCAAGAAUUGGAUCUGAGAUUUCAUAAUACAAGUAUACGCGCGUGUGAAAAGUACUAAAAAAAAUCAUGGAAAAUGGGGACGAUAACAGAGCAUAGUUAUCGCAUAAAUAAUUAUAACGAUAAUAUUAUUAUUGCUACCAUUACUGCUGCUAGUGCUACUACUAUAAUUAUUACUAUUACUACAAAUACCAUUACUGCUACCACUAUCAUAACUAUUACUACAACUACAGCUACUACCUACCAUUACCAAUAUAAAUUGUCCUUGUAAUUUUUAUAUGCUAAGUAUAUACUUUAAUAGGAUAAAUGAGAAAGUAUGGGAAAUGAGUCACAGUAAAUGUAACAUAACAGCCCUGCUUGUAUAAGGGGGCAGAAACUAUGUUAACUGAACUAUGAAUUAUAAAUAUUGUAUAAGACGAUAAAUAAUAAUUAUUAUUAUCAUUAUUAUAA